AUGCGGCAACGUGUAACUUUCCUCCAAGACCCGGCCGACUCGAUUGAUCCAAGCAAGCUUGAAAUUACAUCAACAUCUAUCUCCACACCCGAAUUGACAGCUGCGAGAGAAGAGCGAAUCACAUUCGGCUUUGAUGAAUUACCCCAGGAAUUAUACAAGGUGUUGAAGGCUAGCCAUGAGUUGCAUAUACGAUGGGUUACGGAGAACGUUUUCGAGACGAGAGCUCCUCUUGUGGCGAGGCUGAGUCCGGGACUACAUCUUUUCUACACACCAUUAAGGAAUGAGGGGUCAUCGGAAUUUUUAUGUCCGCUCUUAAAGAAGGUGUUUGGUGAUUUGGAUUGUAUAUCCCCCGAGAAAUCGUUCACCACCCUCCCCCGCGACCGCUUCUCACACUCCUCCGCCUCCCAAUUCUACUCUCCCCUAGCCAGUCUCCUCGACUUCACAACUUACCUCUCCCACAAACUUUGUCCCUCAGACUCUGGCUCUACACCCUUAGACGCAGCUUGCCUCUCGCGAGUACAAGCUCUUCACUCAGCCUCAACCCUCGAAAUAGACUUCGACACAAUCUCCCACGCCCUAACACUAACCGCCUUCUUCCCUCCCAGCACUCAAUCCCUCGCCCUCUCCAAACCGCCCUCCUCCUCCUCAAUCAAAGACUCCCGCAUGGAAAUCGGCAUCUUCUCUGUCGAGAAGCCAAAAGAAGUAGAAGAGCUCUCCCUCGGCGGCUUCCUCACCGUCGUAGGCGAACACUCCAAACCCUCACCAACACUAUUUUCCUUCCCAGCUCGCCACCACCCGCUACCUCUCUCACAGACCUUCACGUCUGGAUUCGUGCAUCCCACCGGUUUACAUCCUACUCUGGAGGUGAAUAUCACGAGUAGUGAACCACCGCUGGAUGAUAGAGCGUGUUCGCUACACGCGCAUCUCACACUGCCGAGAGCGGUGUUCGUGGAUAAAUACCAAUUAUCCGACCCCUUAUUCAUGGCGUCUAAGAAUCUCGCAAAGUUACACUAUAUCACCUCACCAGUUGAUCUCGAAGCUCCGGCUUAUACUUUAACAAGCUGGGGAUCGUCUGUUCUGCUGGAACUCGCACCUCCUUCAUCGCAAUACAAAUCGGACUCCGAACCCCUAACAGCGCAACACCACCAACAAUGGACAUCCCUCAUCCCCCUCCACCUCCGCUACCUCCCCCCUUCACAAAACACCUCGGGCCUCACACCCCUCGACAUCCCAUACCCCAUUCUUUUCUGGGCGUGCACAGCUGACGAGGGGUCGAAAUUCCCGAUUAAUCCUUUUGAUCGCGUGAAUCUUGGGUAUGAUGGGUUGUUUGGGCCGAGGACGUUGUUUUAUCAUUUGAGUCCGAGUGCGGCUGUGUGGGGAGGGAAAGGGGGGGAUGCCAAGUUGGUUAAUAGCUUGGAUGUGCCCGUGUUGGAUCUGGAUAGGAGUCGGUUUGUGGAGGUUGGUACGGCGAUUGGUGUGUUGUUGGGGUUUGGGUGGGUGUGUUGGUGUUUGCUUGGGGUGUGGAGGGGGAGUGGGUAUCAAGCAGAAGGGAAUAGUCAAAGGAACAGUGGUGGAUUGAAGGAGGAGGAUAAGAAGAGGAAGUGAGACACGGGAAAACUUAGGCUGGAACGAUUGGAUAUAUCAUGACAGCUAGUCAGUCUGGAGCUCUAUAUGUAUGCAGAGAGCAUGAUGUUGCAUGCAUGCUGAGAACUUGGAUGUAGGGAAGGAAAAGAAAGAGAUGGCACCAUGACCACCCCCUGUCGUACAUAAAUAUUCGAAAGACAUCUGAACGAACAUAAAAGGUCUCUUUUGUUAAGAUGUCGAAGUUUAAAGAAAAAGUUGCGCCCAACUAAAUCCUCACCGAAAUUCAAAUUUAAAGCCUAAACAAAUGAUGAUGAACUAACUGACCGUCGAGAAAUCGCAGUUCCCAUGACCAUCCCCAUCACCCACACCCUCGCUUCCCCCUUUCCCUCCAGAAUCACAACAAGCGAACAAACAAACAAACAAACAAACAAGCAAACAAACAAACACAGGAACACAGGAACAAACGCGCAUUCCGAAUGAAAAUCCGAAAAAGCCAUCAG